CUCACGAAACAUCACGUUAUCACAUGAACAAUGGUACUCAAUCUGACCUCGAGGAUUAACAACAACUGAGCAUACGCAUUCCUUGAGCUAGGGCCAAGGAACAGCACCUCAAAACCAUUCCCUUUAAACAUAUGAAAAGCCUGCUGUAGUCUUUAAGACCGCAACUGAACCGCGUCUUAACGCGACUGAACCGUGCGUGAAAGGAUGGCGUUAAGACUCGCCGGAGUUUCCUUGCGUUUGUUAUGGGUACUAGUAAUAGCAGUCACCGGGCUUAAGCCUAGAAAACCCUCAGAUACCUGCUUCGUCACAAAAGAACUCCCUUUCCAUGUAAGCACUUCGUCUAUCACCGAAAGCAAAGCGGGUAACUUUAUGGCCUCCAUAGCGAACGGGUAUGUAGGCACAGUGGUGAUGAGUAACUCAGUGCAUGUGUCAGGUCUGUUUAACGGCAAAGGAUGGCCCAAGAGGUACCCGAUCUAUCCGAUUUACAUGUCUGAACACGCGCACCGUGCGCGCCUACCAUCCACCGCCUCGAUCUCUUUCAAGGUGCACGAUAACGAUGUCGUUUAUAUCAAUGGGACGCGCUCGUACGCGCUGGACGUCAAAACUGGAGUGUUUUACAGCUGGUUCGAAGAGACUAAUGAGAAUGGGUCGCUGUUCAUCGAGAUGCGCUACUAUGCGCACAGAGAGAGGCGGAAUCUGCUGAUAAACGAGAUCACUAUUAAGAAUGACUUGAACAAGGAAAUCACCCUGGACUUGAGUAACAACUAUGGGAAUUUCUCAAAGGACGUCAAGCUAACUCAGCACACGGUCAGCGAAAAAGAGGAGCUGGAAAUUGCAUUUGGAAAGGUUAACAUUCCCGAGGAAAAAUUCGGUCUCCAGCCGCAAGUUGCGCUUGCAUUUCGCGACAUCAAGGAACACAUCUUUAUUAACGCGUCCGAGUGGCGCACGUGGUAUUACAUCACAGCCAUAGCAACCAGCAUAGAUACCAAGUUCGACCCAUGGAGACAAGCCGAGGGGGCCUGGAAGGAGGCUAUGAGGGAUAAACGGCACUUGCUUUGGCAUCACACCAAAGCCUGGGAGGAGCUGUGGGAAUCCGGCAAAGUCGAUGUCGUGACAAAGGACAAAAGUUCUCACCUUGGACAAGCCAUCUACGGCAGCUUAUACUACCUACUGUCGUCCACCCGGGCCGACUGGCCGUACGGGCUGAGUCCGGGGGGGUUACCGGGAGGAGAGGAGUACAUGGGUCACACCUUUUGGGACCAGGACAUCUGGAUGUACCCAGUCAUGGUGCUCCUGUACCCUGAUCUUGCGCGCGCGUCGUUGAGGUAUCGGUAUGAUCGCCUGCCUGCCGCGAGGAGGAUCGCGAGAAAAUGGGGUUACAAAGGUGCAAUGUUCCCGUGGGAGAGUUCCCUCAGCGGAAUCGAGACUUCACCCGGCGAAAAGUACGGCCGCUAUCAAAACCAUAUCACAGGAGAUAUCGCUUACGCUGCCCAGCUAUACUGGCACGCAACCAAGGACUACCAGUGGCUAAAAGAGAUUGGGUACGCUUUGGCCUACCAGACCGCGGAGUACUGGGCCAGUCGCGUAAGCUUUGAUAACAGGAAAGAGAAGUACGUCAUCGAGUACGUCAUGCCCCCUGACGAAUACCAGUUUCCAGUGGACAACUCGGUUUAUACCAACGUCGUGGCCAAGAUUAACCUGGAGUUUGCUGUGAAGGUGUGCACAUUGCUCGGGCGAUACUACCCUAAGAUGUGGGUGAAGAUAGCGGAACAGAUGUACAUUCCGUUCGAUAGCGAUCGUAAUUUUCAUCCAGAGUUCGACCUCUACGACUUGGGCUAUCAGGCCAAGCAGGCGGACACCAUUCUUAUAGGCUACCCUCUCAUGUACAACAUGAGCCGUCAGGUUCGGUACAAUGAUCUAUUGACAUAUGAGAACCGCACCGAUCCCGAGGGACCCGCCAUGACCCACGCCAUGUUUGCUAUCGGUUGGCUGGAGGUUGGGGAGGAGGAGAGAGCAGCGAAGGCAUUCCUCAAGAACUACGAACACAUAGAGCAGCCGUUCCAGGUCUGGACUGAACAACGUCGCAAAAGAGGAGCCAUCAACUUCAUCACCGGGGCGGGAGGCUUUCUCCAAGCUGUACUCUUCGGCUAUGGCGGCUUUCGUAUCAGAGAAGACCAGCUGUACUUCGACCCAAAACUUCCCCCGACUUCCAAUACCUUCACCAUCACAGGCGUCGACUAUUUGGGCAGCUCAUUGAAGUUUAUCAUCAAGAAUAAGAAGAUGCGAAUAACUCUGACGGAGAGAGAGCAGAUUGCACCUGCGCUGGAGCUUGUCAUUUACAAGAAGGUGUACCCGCUAGAGCACAAGAACACGCUUCUACUUCUCAGGGGACCCGGGUUUAUACGCAUGCGCAGAGAUUGAUACAAGGAACUGAACUAUCUGCCCACAAUGCAUUGCGUUAAUAUUUUAAGGGAAAUUCGCGCUUUUGGGGAAGUUUAUCUUAAUAUCUUAACUACACAGAACAGGCCAUGAGCUUAACUUUAGAAAAAGUAGAGUUCGAUUUAAAUCCAUUUAAGAAAAAUUGGAAAUUCUACUUUCCAAAUAAAUGUCAGUCGAAUGAGUAUAGGAAUAACAUAUUUAACAUACUUGCAUGGAUUGCUUUGAAAGUUGUCCUCAAUCUAAUAAGUCAACGUUCCCGUCCUGGUCCUAUUGCACAAAAAAUACAUUUUAUUAUUUGCGAAAGCGAUAUAAAAAUUCGUGCACAUUUUCUGGUAUUUCAUGACAAAAUAAACAAAACAAUGCAUUUUGGGCAGCGUAAAAAUUGACAUGAUGAUAAUGAUAAAUGUUAUAUGUAUUUAGCUUUAUUUGUUAUAAUGUCUGAUUUCAGGAAAGCUCCAUACCCCUCCCCUCCUCCUGCCCUUUGGAGUACCUUUAAAUGCAGUGUUUGUGUGUAACACCUUACCACCACCACCUGGGAUCGUCACCGAAAGACGAUCCUCACCCCACUCGUAAACCACGGAAUUCCACCACCUUUUGGUGGAUUGGAGAGGGGGGAUGUGAAUAUUUUCUGAUCAUACGAUAAUACACGAACAUUCAUGCGUUUUGAUGGUUUGGGGCUUCUCAGUAGAUGUCACUAAUAAACCAUACAUUUCGUA